AUGGAAUCACACGAUUGUGAGAGUAAGAAAGUUGCAGCAUUGGCAAGAAGAAGGAGGAAACAAAUUCUCAGUGAAAGAAGAUUGAAAAGAAGUAGAGUUGGUGAUAAAGAAUUAGAUUUUGAAGUUUGUUUCAGUAGGAACUAUCAUCCAUCCAUUGACAACAUCAGAACCCCACUGUCUAACAUUACUUCUUCAGUGAUGAAUCAAAGGAGUCAAAACUUGAAUGCACAUCCAGCAGAGCUUCUAAGGUCAUCAGCAACAAGUAGAAACGUAAGUGUCAAUAAGUUUCAGAAUCAAAGGCAACACAAUGCUUAUAAACUAAAGUCAAAUACAACAACACCCAAAGUUGGUUCAUGCAGCUCGAGUUCAACAUGUACUAUGGAUACCAUGUCCCCUAACCUGGUAGCUGCGACAUCAUAUCAACGAAGAAAGACAAUUAUUCAACCAAAUACACCACGGCUGAGCAGACACCAUGCUUUCAAUUCUCCUGUCAGCCUCGAUACAAACACACCUUCAAGUGGUACAACAUCUUCCUUUGCUGAUCAAGUCUUCAAAAACUUUAAUACACAUCAAAGUGGAUCAGUCGUUUCAUCCAGAAAACAAUUGAAUGUUGGUGUUAUUCAAUCUAUGGCCGCCAAUCUAUUCAAAAAAUUCUCAAAUAUUGAUCAUUACGGUGAGUCUUCAUCCACAAGCAAUAUUCACCGCAACACAAGUGUUAAUAACGAAGCAAAUGAAACCGUUGAAGAUGGAACAACGGAUGAAUCAAUAUCUGAUAGUGAUUGUGAGUUCAUAAAUGCAAAUCCUGACUAUUACACAGCAUCAACUCUUGAUGAUGAAGAAACCAUAGAACCAAACUAUACGCCGCAAAAUGUGAAAGAUUCUGGAGGACCGCCUAACAUAAGGAUACAUGGACAGACUUGCCAUAGAAUUGGGAGCAUGCUCCCUUUGGAUGGAGAAACACCAAAAUUUGCACAGCUUUAUAUUUAUGACACUGAUAAUGAGAUUCAUCACAAAAUGAAAGGAAUAGGUCAUAAUCCUAAUGUGAAUCCAGAAACGGUUGGAAAAUUGAAACGUAUGCUUGAUGAGUUCAACACACAUGCUAAAACAUUUAGGAUGGCAGCAGAUCGACUAAAAGAUUCUCAUGUACCUGAUCUAAAACUGAAAUUAAUCGCCGAUCGAUCCAAGGACGGAAGAGUUUAUAAUCAACCGACAGUUUCCGAAGUUGCCGCACUUAUCGUUGGUGAUGUUGAUACAGGUUCUAAGAGACAUAUUAUACUUGAGAGACAGAGUGGGAAGCUGAAAAGGAUAAGUGAGUUUCAUCCAAGUUAUCUUGCUUUACAAUAUCCACUUUUGUUUCCAUAUGGUGAAGAUGGUUUUAGAAUUGGUAUUCUACACAGGGAAACAAAAGAAAAGAAGAAGAAGAAUAAACUUACUAUCAGAGAAUGGCUUACGUUUCAGAUUCAAACCAGACCAACCGAAGCACACACACUUUUGAUGUCCAGGAGGCUUUUUCAGCAAUUUUUGGUUGAUGGUUUCACCAUGAUGGAAUCUCAAAGGUUGAAUUACAUACGCAAGCACCAGAAAAAACUAAGAGUUUCAAAGUACUGCAAUUUGAACGGUCCAGAACAGGAUCAAAACACUCAAGGAGCAAACAAGGGUAAGAGGGUUGUUUUACCAUCAACUUAUGUUGGAAGUCGAAGAUACAUGGAACAAUUGGAUUUUGAUGGAAUGGCUAUUUGUAGCCAUAUUGGUUUUCCUGACCUUUUUAUCACAUUUACAUGCAAUCCAAUGUGGCCCGAAGUCAAAAGACUGCUUCACACAACGAGGUUGCAGCCCCAUGAUCAUCCCGACAUUAUAUCAAGAGUUUUUAAAAUUAAGUUGGAUGAGUUGUUGUUUGAUUUGACUAAGAAGCAUGUCUUAGGGAGAGUGGUUGCAUAUAUAUACACUGUUGAGUUUCAAAAGAGAGGUUUACCACAUGCUCAUAUUUUGCUAUUCAUGCAUCCGCAAAGCAAGUAUCCCACUCCCGAGGACAUAAACAACAUCAUUUCAUCAGAGAUACCAUCAAAAGAAGAUGAUGUGGAAUUGUAUAAUCUGGUGAAGAGACAUAUGAUUCACGGUCCGUGUGGUUUGGCAAACAUGCUGUCACCUUGCAUGAAAAACGCAAAAUGCUCUAAAUUCUUUCCAAAAACAUGGCAGCCUCAGACUGUAGUUGAUCAGGAUGAAUAUCCUGUGUACCGAAGGAGGGAUACUGGAAACACUGUUACGAUAAAAAACGUUGUUCUUGAUAACAAAUAUGUUGUUCCUCACAAUCCAUAUCUGUUGAAGAAAUUUCAAGCUCACAUUAAUAUGGAAUGGUGUAAUCAGGGUACUUCGGUUAAGUACUUAUUUAAAUAUAUAAACAAGGGGUAUGACAGGAUUACCGCUGCUGUCUUAGAAGGAGACAACGACAGUCCUUUGGCCGCUAAAAAUGGCGAUGAAAUCAAGCAGUAUCUUGAUUGUAGAUAUGUCUCACCAAGCAAAGCAUGUUGGAGAAUAUUUUCUUUUCCCAUUCAUGGAAGGUCUCCUGCAGUAGAAAGAUUAUAUUUUCAUCUCGAGGGCGAUAAUUCGGUAUAUUAUACCGAUUACGAACUGAUAGAUGAAGUCCUUGAAAAACCAAGUGUGAAGGAAUCAAUGUUUACCACUUGGAUGAAAGCAAACAAAACAUAUCCAGAGGCCAAAAAUCUGACCUACUCAAAUUUCCUUACUAAGUUUGUUUAUGAUAAAAGAUACCGAUGA